AAGAAGAAGAAGAAGAAGAAUUAUAUAAAUCAACAUUUAUGAGCUCUCUACUGAACAUGGGGUCAUACAGACGAAUAGAUUGUAUAUUUUUUAGUGAAUUUCAUCCAACUUUAGGACCAAAGAUCACAUAUCAGGUUCCUGAAGAAUAUAUUUCGAGGGAACUUUUUGAUACAGUGCAGGUGUACAUCAUCACCAAACCUGAACUGCAGAACAAGCUCAUAACGGUGACUGCCAUGGAGAAGAAGCUAAUAGGUUGUCCAGUGUGCAUUGAGCAUAAGAAGUACAGCCGGAAUGCCUUGCUCUUCAAUUUGGGUUUAGUCUGUGAUGCCAGGACAAAAACAUGUGCUUUAGAACCUAUUGUCAAAAAACUGUCUGGCUACCUCACAACUCUGGAGCUUGAGAGUGGAUUCAUUUCAAAUGAGGAGAGUAAACAGAAGCUGUUGCCUAUCCUGUCCACACUUCUGGAGGAACUUAAUGUUACAGGAGCCUGCACCCUACCUAUUGAUGACUCGAACACCAUCCACUUGAAGCUAAUUGAACAAAGGAAAGAUCCUCUGGUGGUUCAGGAGUAUGAUGUACCAGUAUUUACCAAGAAUAAAGACCACUUUAUAAAAUCACAAUGGGAUCUCACCACACAGCAGAUCUUACCCUUUGUAGAUGGGUAUCGACACAUUCAAAAAAUCUCAGCUGAGGCCGAUGUUGAGCUUAAUUUGGUGCGGAUUGCUGUUCAGAAUUUAUUGUAUUAUGAAGUGGUAACUCUGGUAUCCAUAUUCCAGUACUCAAAUGUUUACUGCACAACACCUAAAGUACAAAACUUAAUAGAUAAGAAGUGCCUUCAGGAAGAGUGUAUCCACUAUGUCAGUAAGCUAGGCCAAAGGACUAAUCUCAGGGAUGUAUUCCAGUUGUAUUGUGGUCUGACCCCAGGUACGACUGUACGUGACCUCUGUUCCCGCUAUUCUCACCAGCUACAGAGGGUGGAUGAAAGGAAGUUGAUUCAGUUUGGCUUGAUGAAAGGUCUUAUUCGGCGCCUGCAGAAGUAUCCAGUCAAGGUUGUUAGAGAUGAGAGGAGUCGUCCACCUAGACUUUAUACUGGCUGCCAUAGUUAUGAUGAAAUCUGUUGCAAAACUGGAAUGAGUUAUAAGGAGUUGGAUGAGCGUUUGGAGAAUGACCCUAACAUUGUUGUUUGCUGGAAAUAAUGUUGCAGAGACAGAAUUAUAACUACAGACUAUUUCAGUUAAAGAAAUCAUUUGUAACUUGAGAGAAACGGAUCUGGUCCUGGUUCUUUGGCAGUCUCAGACUUUUUGUCCUGUACCUUUAUUUAUUGUAAAUCAGUUGCCCUUUAUGUAUAUUUGAAACCAUUAUAGGUCAAAAUAUGAACACAAAUUGAAGAAAAUAAAAAUAUUGCAAUGAUUUAAGAUGCAUAAAUGCAAAAAUUACUGUUUCUACAUGAAAAACUAGGUCACUAGUUUUGAAAUAAUUUAUGGUUUAUUAUAUGGCUGGGUGUAGUGAGGUCUAAUUCUAUAGUAUGUUUUACCACAGUUAAAAACAUGCAAGUUUUCUUACUCUGAGGAAAAAACUGGAAAACAUAGACAAGAUGACCUUAUUGAUCUAAAAUGCUUGACUGUUAAAGUGCCUUGUGCAUUUACUGUUAAAUUAGGCUUAGAACAAAAAUAAAUUAUAAACUGUCAAAAGUGUUUGCUUUUGCUUUUCUGAUCAUGUGUAAACUAGUUGCACAAUAUUUGAUUACAUCAUUCCAGUCACAUCAGUUGCAUCAAAUAUCAUGACUGUCCAAAGACAAUAAAAAUGUAUGGACAUGGCAGAGCUUGCACAAUAGUCUUCUGAAUUUUUUUUUCUAGUCAGUCCCUUUCCCAGAAUAGGUGCAUAUAUUCCCAGAACUCACCAACAUGAACAUUAAAAUGUAUAAACUGCUUAUUUUGAUAAUGGCAAGAAGAGUAAAUAUCUUAACACAGCUGU